AUGUUCUUUUGUGUCCCGACAACACGGCAGCAGCAGCCGCAGCAGCGACGACGACGGCGGCAGCCUCCUCUUCGCCGUCCGCCGUCGCCCUCACCUCCUCCUACUACUACCACUACACAUCACUACGAAUUUGUGUACAAUGAAGAAAAAAAAUCAGUUAAAAAAAAAAAAAAAAAAAAAAAAGAAGAAAAGAAAUUACGUGCGUAUGACUCAAUGACUGUGGCGACGGCGGCGGUCCUAUCCGAUUUCAUCGGUGCGCAGAGAAUCCGAAACCGAUCAUUAGGCUCCGGUGGAUCGUGA